AUGGACGGUGCUCGAUAUCGUUUCUUUCAAAGCAUACACGAUGAGCUUCAGCUGGCCUGUGACAACCCGAAUGGGCAUUUGCGUUUAAUACGAAAAUGUAGAGAAGUACAAUCCAAACUAAAAUCUUAUCCAGAUCCAGAUUACUUUCCAUGCAGAUUUAAUUCUACAUGUCAUGAGAGAGUUGAAUCCGUUUACCAAAAUUUUUUAUCACUUUUAACUGAUAACGAUCCAGAUGCUGACUUAAGAGAACUCAAUCCAAUCAGAAUAACUAACGAUGGCAGCGCCUUGUUUCGAUCUGUGGCAUUAUCACUCGGCCUCAACUCAGAAGAAGAUGCACUUGAAUUGAGGGUUCGAUGUUUGGUGGAUGCAAUUGUAAAUAAAGACGAAUACAAGCGAGAAGACCCAGAACUGCUGGAAGGAUUAGAUGAUCCCGAGCAAACCACUAUCGCUCACUGGGCACACUUAAUCACAGAAAAAGAUUGCAUGAUUGAGCCGAACGCAAUUACAGUACUCACACUUGUUAGCUUGGCAAAACUUACGAAACAUCCGAUUAGAUCAGUUUAUUUUCCGCGAAUGUCUACAGAACAACUAUCUUCAGAAGAUUCAAGUCCCUACGAAAAAAUAAAUCGAGUCUUUUUACCUAAUGCUGAUCAAAAUAACGAAAGCAGAAUUCAAAGAAGAUCUAUCACUAUUCUUUGGAAAUCGGAAGUAGAUAAGAACAAGCGCGCUUCUAUUCAUGUAUUGCCCUUACUUCAGAACGAUCUAUUCUGCAACAUGAGAAAACAAUCUGGCCUGUUAGCGCAAGGAACAGACAAUAUCAACAGAACGACUCUUGCAUCGCCUUUGCCGAUAUUAAAAGCACGUUGUACUUACGUUCUUAUCGCUUUCACGAUGAAUUCAAUGAGAGAAUCGGACGUUAUCCAACACAGCCAACAAAUGAAGACAAAUAUUAUCGAAUGUCUAAAACAGCGUGCGAAGGAUGCUAAAAAUGGUGAUGUUAUCGAAGUCAAUCAAUGCGAUGAAAAACUUCCACAUUCACCGGUCAUACCAUUUUGUCUCACUGUGGACGUUGCUUCCGAACAGAAUUUAUCGCUCAUUAAAGAUAUGAAACUGAUUCGAUCCAAGAGAACUGAUCUCAUAACCUGUAUUUUUGCCGCUACGAACAAAAUGGCCAAGAAGUCAACCUAUUAUUCCGAUUUGAUUUUAUUUGCUGAUCAUUCAAAUUUGUCUGCAAUGGAAAUAAGUAGUCAAAGAAAUAUUAUCUGCGUCCUUGAUCGAAAAUACAAUGUAAAUGUACAAAUGAUUGAUACUAGAAAUGUACUGGCAGAUGAAAACACAUCUUACAAUGCUCAGCACACAUCCGAUAUCAAUAGUUCUUGUACUCGCAACAAUAUGUCUCGAUACCAAUCAAUCGGUAUUAUGCGGAAAAUAAGCAUAAUAUACGGCAAUCUUAUUUCUCGACGAAAAAACAAGCUUAGCCAAGUUUCUGUAAGAAGUGUGUCUUCGGGUAAAGUCGAGCCACAAAGAGUUCGGUCAAAACUAGACUAUAUCAUUAUUGAUUCUUCGAUCGCCGAACAGAAUUCAGAUUCCAUCCCAACAAUUAGAUAUACAUCAAACAAGGCGCAACAUUGUGUGCCGACGACAACUCUACAAGAAAUAAUCCAAAGCAGACAUUUUCCUCAUAGAUAA